CGCACGGCAGGCACGGCACACGCGGUUGCCGUUCCACGCCGUACGCCGUCCGCCCCUCUCGAGCCAAAAUUCGUUCACAGUCUCGCGAUGCUAUACUCCGCCGUCCGUUGAUGAUCUAUCGCCGCACUAUCAAACAUUGCGUGUGAGUGAGUGGUGACGCGCACGUAUGUACACGUGUUGCAUAAGUCAUUAGAUCACAGCGCACGCGACGAAUUAUCCGUAACCGUCACCAAAUGUAAUUCUUCAUCGGCCAUUUGGAAUAACUCACCGGCAUUACUUCACCGGUCAGCGUGCCUAGAGGAAGCCGUCUCAGAUCUUUUUCCCCCCCUUCCAUCUGUCUGCACUGUUCACCUUCGUGCGGCCAUGGCCUCUUCUAAUCGUGGCAUCCAGAUCGGCUCCGGCUGGUUCCAGACCAAAAUUAAUCUUAGACCCCAACACCGGGGCGUUCAUCUCGUCACAGAAGAGAUUCUCAGACAGGUACCUGAGCUCUGCCAGUUUUCCAUUGGUCUCUGCCAUAUCCAGAUUCUUCAUACCUCAGCUAGUUUAGCAUUAAAUGAGAGCUGGGAUCCAGACGUAAGAGAUGAUAUGGAGAUGAUGCUUAAUAAAAUAGUUCCUGAAGGCUUGGAGUACAGGCACAGCUGUGAAGGACCCGAUGAUAUGCCAGCGCAUGUAAAGGCCUGUUUUUUGGGCUCAUCGCUGAGCAUUCCAAUCACCGAUGGCAAGCUGGCAUUGGGCACGUGGCAAGGCAUUUGGUUAGGCGAGCAUCGCGACCAUGCUGGCAGCCGCAAACUGGUAGUAACGUUAACUGGUGUCUUGAGGGACUCGGCGCGCAGCCCUCUCAGCCCGGUUAGCCCUAUCGCUUCUACCAGCAGCUAGGACCACUCACACCCCCGAAGGCGUGGCAAGCGUCAGCCGCGCGCGUCCACCUCAAGCGACUCAAGCUAGCAGCCGCUUUAAGCCCUAGUCAACUUCUAAGAGUACAAUCUAUUGAGGAGAAGUGAGCCGGAUACCUCGCGAACUUACCUAUCGCUCGGGGAGCUAACCACCGUCAGUAGCGAUCAACCGCGUUCUUGACGUUUCGCGAUCAUCGAUCGUCGAGUGGACAGACCGGAGAUCGUGCAUCGUUCAAAACUUCAGUAUGCGUGUGUAUGUGCUUCAAGGUUUUAUUUAUGUCUCACAUGGACAUUCGUUUUCAUUCGUAUGAUGACAAGUCACCCAAGUCCCCAUUGGGGUUGUUGCAAGAAUUAUAGACAAAAAAUUUACAGGUGACAUAAUUUUUGACACGAAUGAACCCUUGCAAUUUUUGGGGAAGUUUUUUUCCUUAAAUAUAAUUAAUUUAUCAAGAAUUUUAUAUUUUUGACAUUCGAAAUGACAAAGAGUUUAUAUUUUCAAACUCUAUAUUUUAAAGAUCUAGGAAUUCAAGAUCUUUAAAAGCUAAAAUCUUUGCAACAACUCAAAAUGCUUUUCUUGUUUUUUUCAUUGCUAGUAAUUUUUUUUUAAUUUGUGUUAAUCACGUUGGACAUCUACGACAUACAAUAAUAAUAAUAGUAAUAAUAAUAACAAAUGGAUAUAAAAGAUAGAGGAAGAGAAAAAUGAAGAAAAACUGCCACGGCAGAUGCGCGCAUUGCACGCGUCUCACGUAAAUAAAACGAAUUAAAUGCGAGUAUCCAGCACUCUUCCGCCUCGCUCUUGAAGAGAAAAGAAAGCGAAAAGCGGGAAAGACGCUCUAAAAAAAACAAUUGAGAAAAAAACAGAAAAGGAGAGGUAGAAAGGAGGAAGAGAAAGAACGAAUCUAUGCAUUCCAGUAACGCGUCCAAUACUCCGAAUUUACGUAGCUUUAUUUAGGAGACCCUUUUGUAUAAAGUUAACGAAUGCAAGCAGCCGUGCAGGAACUCACAGUAUCCUUUUUUACACUCUGUGCUACUUUAUCUGUCCAAAAAUGAGAGACAAAGAGGAAAAAUGAAAGGAAAAGAGUAAACAAGAGUGAGAGUGUAAGAUACGCGUUGCGAACUUUCUGACUCGUCGCUUUAAAAAAAAAUGAUUAGGAGCUAAAUUGCUCGUGAACAAUGAUGUUUCUAACGCAUUAGGGGGUGUGUAUAUGUAUAUAAGGAAAAAAGGCGAUGAUUCUCAACUUGUGCGCAUUUCCGCUAGAAUUAUAAGGUAUGUUAUAUCAUGGGCACAUAGCGCGAUUACGUGAGUAUAGCGCAUGUACAGAGUGUGCAAAAAAUUUAAGCACUAAAACCGCAAGAGUAAGUUGCGAGAAACUGAGUAAUAGAAGUACAAGCGAUUCUUUUGAGUAAUAAUUUUUUAAAUAUAUUAGUUCAAAAUUUAAUCUAUCAUAAGCAACAAAUUAAAGUCAUCCCUAUCGAUUAAUCUUAUGUAUGAUUGUGUUUGAUGGUGUUAAUAAUCUAAAAAUUAUAUUAUUAAUAUUAUCGUACGUCUGAUUUAUUGAUGAAUAAAUUCUAGGCGUAAUUCACGACUUGAUAGAAUCUAAAAUCUUUACAUUAAAAAAUUAUUUGAUAUAAGAUUGUAUGUAUGAUUGUACUUUUUAUUACUUGUAUGCUUCGCAAACUUUUUUGCUAAAGUUUAUGCUUGAAUUUCGUGACAUUCUGUAUAAAAGCAAUGUUAUUAUGUACUCAAAAAAUCGAUUGCAUCAACAUCGAUCACCUUUCUUUCAUUGUUUGUACUACAGCAACUGUAUUGUCUUGUUGAGUCACGAAAGCGGCUCAAUACUUUUAUUAUUUUCCAACAUUGAAACUUGCAAAUUGCAAAAUUUGAUUUUGCGUUACGAGAAUUUAGUUAACUAACAUUAAAUGCAUUCUUCAAUGAAGAAUAGGUACAAUUAACUCAAUUACCAAAAAAAAACCAUUUGUCCUGGGGGUCACAAGUACGUAAGGCAUUGUUUUUAAAAGAUUCAGCACUGCGGUGAAUUGUAAAUGUUGGAUCGUCGCAAAGAUAGCGCGGUUUCAAGAGAGUCUUUUUUUAACUUUGGCCUUUGACCUCUUGGAAAUAUGAACAUUUCUAGUCAUUUUCAAUCCUCGAAGUUAGAUGGGUGUUUGGACAAGUAUGUAUGAUUUUUAAGUUUUCUUUUUCACAUCAAAGGUCAUUAGAAAGAAAAAACCGAAGGGGUCUUCGCGACGAACCGACAGAGCUACUUACACAAAUGUUAUUAACAGAUACUUAUUAUGAGCUUGCUGCAGCACGUCGAAAGGGCUGGCAAACGGACAAAACAGACGUUGUCGUUGUUUAGUCGUUAAUUCUUAACGUACAUAGGCAUGCAAAAAGAAAAAAACGUGUCAUCGUCUAUUACGUGACUAAAUGGACCUAUGCUUUAAUGUAAAAUACGUCUCUAUCUAUACAGUUCACAUAGCUUAAAAAAGCAUUAUCGGAGCUCAAAGUAUAAUGUAAUGUGAUGUAAUGGUACACUGUCGAGGUUAUCGUACGUGUUACCCCUUCGAACAUACGCAAAACGAGGGCAUGAGGGAGACGAGGAGAAGACUCGUAUAUGCACAGAAAAAAACGCGUUAUCUUCAGUCCUCUCAACGGUUCCUAGCGUGACCUCACGAAUGCGAUUUUAGGUUCAACAGCCAGCCAGUUCGUGAUUUAAGACAAGGCGAUUAGCGAUUUUAAUCAUGCAUAUUGUAAAUAAUAAGAUUUGCUGAAUUCAAAAUGAAGACGCGUUCUCGAGAUUUUAGGAGGUACGUUAUAUAUUCAACGUAAUCUAUAGGGAACCACGAACUUUCGAAAUUUGCCUUUAUUCUGUCUCUGGCCACCUGAAUCUUUUUAGUUUCUAAUUAUUUCAGAUAAUUUUUUUAAAGAAAAUUAUAUUCUAGAAUUUUUGCAAUGAUUUCUUUUAGAUUAUCUCAAUUAAAUUUUUUUCUGGAAUUUUAGAUCUUCAUAAGUAGAUUUUUUACUUCUUUUUUGCGCAAAAAAUUUUAGAAAUCUCCAAAAACUUUGUUUCUUUCUAGCUUUUUUAUUCCUUAGUUCUUAAAAAGAAAACUUAGAUCUUUGGAGGUCGGGUCCCUUUCAACGCGUUGUGAAAGGUAUAAGAAUCACGAUCACUUGUUGUAUUUGCCAAAAAUGGAUUUACCAAUAAGAGAAAAAAUUUAUUUCCAAGCGUAGGCUUCCGCUUACGCGAAGAAAACGCGGAUCUAAUUAUUGCAACGCAUGCAGAUUCCGUCAGUCCCUCUUUGCACUCUUGCGUAAGUAAAAAUAUUUUCUACCGUUUAGAAAUAAAGAACUGUUACAACACAAA